AGUGUGCCUUGUGUUGGAGCGUUUCUGUCGCUGCUCGUUUCCAGUGAAGCUUUUUCAUAGGAUUGUCUGCUUAUGGUCCCAGCUUUGCGAUUCCGGUAGCUUGCCGAGACUGCAGUUGUCAUUGAUCUAUUUAAAGAGCCUACAGUCAGGAGCCCAUAGGAAUUAAACGGUGCGAUGAUGUGCGAGGUGAUGCCGACCAUCAGCGAGGACACGGCGCUGAGCCAGCGCGGCUCCCAGAGCAGCGCCUCGGAUCCGGACUCCCACUUCGAGCAGCUGAUGGUCAACAUGCUGGACGAGCGCGACCGUCUCCUGGACACCCUGCGGGAGACCCAGGAGAGCCUAGGCCUAGCCCAGCAGCACCUGCAGGACGUCAGCUACGACCGCGACUCGCUCCAGAGGCAGCUCAGCUCCGCCCUGCCGCAGGAGUUUGCAGCCCUGACCAAAGAGCUGAAUGUCUGCAGGGAGAAUCUGCUGGAGAAGGAGGAGGAGAUCUCCGAACUCAAGGCUGAGAGGAACAACACCAGGCUCCUCCUUGAGCACCUGGAGUGCCUGGUCUCCAGACACGAGCGCUCUCUGCGGAUGACCGUGGUCAAGCGGCAGGCCCAGUCUCCCUCGGGAGUGUCCAGCGAGGUGGAGGUCCUGAAAGCCCUGAAGUCCCUGUUUGAGCACCACAAGGCUCUAGACGAGAAGGUGAGAGAGAGACUACGGGUGUCGCUAGAGCGGGUCUCUGCCUUGGAGGAGGAGCUGACCGCAGCCAAUCAGGAGAUCGUGGCCUUACGGGAGCAGAAUGCCCACAUCCAGAGGAAGGUGGCUUCGGGAGACGGCAGCGAGGACUCGCUGGAGGGCAGCGAUGCCGGACAGAAGGUCCAUGGCAAGCGGCUGUCUAAUGGCUCCAUGGAGUCGGCCCACGAGGCCAGCCAGGUGGUGGAGCUCCAGGAUCUGCUGGAGAAGCAGAACUACGAGCUGGCCCAGAUGAAGGAGCGCAUGUCCUCACUGUCGUCGCGCGUCUCCGAGGUGGAGCAGGAGCUGGAGACGGCUCGCAAGGACCUCAGCAAGUCAGAGGAGAUGAGCAACAAGUACCAGAGGGACAUCAGAGAGGCCAUGUGUCAGAAGGAGGACAUGGAGGAGCGUAUUGUCACCCUGGAGAAGCGCUACCUCAGCGCCCAGCGAGAAUCCACCUCCCUGCACGACAUCAGUGACAAGCUGGAGAACGAGCUAGCCAAUAAGGAGGCCUUCCUCCGACAGAUGGAGGAGAAGAACAGGCAGCUGCAGGAGCGAUUGGAGCUGGCAGAGCAGAAGCUGCAGCAGACCAUGAGGAAGGCUGAGACUCUGCCAGAGGUGGAGGCUGAGCUGGCUCAGAGGAUAGCAGCCCUCACCAAGGCAGAAGAGCGCCAUGGCAGCAUUGAGGAGCGCAUGAGGCACUUGGAGGGCCAGCUGGAGGAGAAGAACCAGGAGCUACUUAGAGCUCGACAGAGAGAAAAGAUGAACGAGGAGCACAACAAGCGUCUGUCGGACACAGUGGAUAGACUUCUCACCGAGUCCAACGAACGAUUGCAGCUCCACCUCAAAGAGAGAAUGGCGGCUCUAGAGGAAAAGAAUGUUUUAAUACAAGACUCUGAGGGUUAUAGGAAACAGUUGGAGGAUUCAAUCCAUGAAAAAACUCACCUGGCGGAUGACAUGGAGAAGCUCAGGCUGGAGCUGGACCAGUUCAGACUGAGAGCAGGCUCCCUCACGGACCCCACCCUGUCACGAUCUCACCUGGACACGUCGGCAGAGUUGCGGUUCUCCCUAGGCUCCCUGGCUGACACCCAGUCGGACCACUACCGCUCGGCUAAGGUGAUCCGCCGGUCCAGGAGAGGUCGCAUGGGCCUGCGACGUGACGAGACCAAGGCCAAAUCCCUUGGCGAGCACGAGUGGCGCUCGCAGCAGCUCGGGGUUCUGGGUAGCCACCAGUUCGAGAGCGAGAUGUCGGACAUGUCGGACAUGGACGAUGACGACCGGGAGACCCUGUUCAGCUCCAUGGAUCUGCUGUCCCCUGGGGGCCACUCGGACGCUCAGACCCUCGCCAUGAUGCUGCAGGAGCAGCUGGACGCCAUCAACAAAGAGAUAAGGCUCAUCCAGGAGGAGAAGGAGUCCACGGAGCUCCGUGCGGAGGAGAUAGAGAACCGCGUGGCCAGCGUCAGCCUGGAGGGCCUCAACCUGGCCCGCAUGCACCACCCCGGGGCCUGCAUCACCGCCUCAGCCACCGCCUCCUCCCUGGCUAGCUCCUCCCCCCCCAGUGGACACUCUACCCCCAAACUGGACCCCCGCAGCCCGGCCCGGGACAUGGAGCGCAUGGGCGUGAUGACCCUGCCAAGUGACCUGAGGAAACACAGAAGAAAGAUAGCAUCGGUGGAUGAAGAUGGCCGCGAGGACAAGGCCACCAUCAAGUGUGAGACGUCCCCCCCCUCCACGCCGCGGACCGUGCGCAUGACACACACGUUGCCGGCUUCUUCGCACAAUGACGCACGAGGGAUGGCUGCGUCCCUGGAGGCUGAGGCCAGUGCUCUGAGCAGCGUGGCCAGCAGUCAGGACUCCCUCCACAAGCAGCCUAAGAAGAAAGGCAUCAAAUCCUCCAUCGGACGGCUCUUUGGCAAGAAGGAGAAGGGCAGGCUUGCUCACCUGCAACACAGGGAAGCUGUGGGGCCGGGCCAAGCGAUCAUAUCCGACCCAGACAUGGUGGGACAGGACAUGGCCAUGAGCAAGUUAGGGACCCAGGCGGAGAAGGACCGCCGGCUGAAAAAGAAGCACGAGCUAUUGGAGGAGGCCAGGAGAAAGGGCUUACCCUUUGCCCAGUGGGACGGCCCUACCGUGGUGGCCUGGCUAGAGUUGUGGCUGGGCAUGCCGGCCUGGUACGUGGCGGCGUGUCGCGCCAACGUGAAAAGCGGCGCCAUCAUGUCGGCGCUGUCAGACACGGAGAUCCAGAGGGAGAUCGGCAUCAGCAACCCCCUGCACCGCCUCAAGCUGCGCCUGGCCAUCCAGGAGAUGGUGUCCCUCACCAGCCCCUCCGCACCACCCACCUCCCGAACCCCGUCUGGCAAUGUAUGGGUGACCCACGAGGAAAUGGAGACCAUGGCUGCCCCCUCCAAAACGAAGUCUGACUCUGAGGAAGGAAGCUGGGCACAGACUCUGGCGUACGGCGACAUGAACCACGAGUGGAUCGGAAACGAGUGGCUCCCGAGCCUGGGCCUUCCUCAGUACCGCUCCUACUUCAUGGAGUGUCUGGUGGACGCCCGCAUGCUGGACCACCUCACCAAGAAGGACCUGAGGGUGCACCUGAAAAUGGUGGACAGCUUUCACAGGACGAGUUUGCAGUACGGCAUCAUGUGUCUGAAGAAGCUGAACUAUGACAGGAAGGAGCUGGAGAGGCGCAGAGAGCACAGCCAGCACGAGAUGAGAGACGUGUUGGUGUGGAGCAACGAGCGCGUGAUCCGCUGGAUCCAGAGUAUCGGUCUUAGAGACUACGCCAACAUCCUGUUGGAGAGUGGAGUGCACGGUGCCCUAGUCGCCCUCGACGACAACUUUGACUACGUCAGCGUGGCACUGCUCCUUCAGAUCCCCAACCAAAACACUCAGGCACGUCAGAUUCUGGAGAGAGAAUAUAAUAACCUGCUAGCACUGGGCACUGACAGGAGACUGGACGAGUGUGAUGAGCGGGACCUGCGGGGGCCGUCGUGGCGGAGGCAGUUCCCCCCCAGGGACGUCCACGGGAUCAGCAUGAUGCCGGGCUCCGCGGAGACGCUCCCAGCAGGCUUCCGGCUCACCACGUCUGGACACUCCCGCAGAUUACCCCCUGAAGUUCUCUAUGAGGCCUUGGACGACAGUCCUGACGACAUGUAUUUGGACUGGUUUCAAGCCGGACCAUCAGCAGUACAGCGCCUGGACAGCUCCACAGUAAGGACCUACUCUUGCUGAGGGAGAGAGAGGGACUACGAGCUGUCCAGACGCUGCUGGAGUUGCACCCUGAAGCUGCUGGAAAAAACAAAGUCUGACGAUGCACACUGCCAAGAAGCGACUGCCCCACCACCUUACCCUCACCCCCCCCCCCCCU